AUGGGCAUGGUAGGACGAUACAAUCUUGUUCCGAGCGAAAAGCGUGACCAUCAUCACGGGAAAGCGCUUUCUUUAUUAUCAUUUUGGUGUAUUAACGUUAGAUGGGUGCAAAGUGUAGCAGGUGACUCGGUAGUGGGGCGAUCUCCACGCGGGGGCGGCUGGGUGGGGAUCCGCGAGUCCAGUAGUAGUACGCUCGCGCGACUGUCAAGCCUCCAGCGGCCGCCGACAAGUCCUCGAGACGUAGCCUCAGCCCGCGCGGCGGAAAGUGGAGGGGAUGUCGCCACCAGCCCACGAUGUCCUGGAAGGGAGGACAAAAGCGCCAGAGGGAGGGUAGAGGUUGACUCCGGUGGAGGUGGAAACGGUGACGGUGACUGCCCGGGUGGUGGUGGCCACGAUGGUGGGGACACUCUUGAGGUCGCGGAGAAGGAGGAGAGUCCACCGGCUUCAGAGACUGUCGAGCCGACGGCCGUGUUUGACGUCGCAUCCCUCGUCCUUUACGGCUCACGCGCGCUACCCAUUCGACUUAAGAUUUUGCUCGAUCUGUUGUUUAACCAGUUGCCCAACGCGAAAGUGACACGACUGCUAGCCGCUUUCGGCUGGACACACGAGGAUUACUCCCGAGGAUACAUACUGCAGGACUCGCAGAACGGCCCACUGCUGGACCGAUGGAGCAUAUGUUCAGCUGAGGAGGAGCCGCUGGUGUUGCAACAGUUCCUUCGUUUCCCAGAAACGCGUCCACUGGUGCAGCAGCUCCUAGCGGCUGCCGGUUCGGGUUCCACGGAUGCUAUGUCACCGAGCCGCCGUCCAUCUCCGCCGACUAUGCCAUUAGCCCACUUGCCGCCAUCGAUGCACUUGCUCCACUGCCGACUGCCGCAUCCAGGAUCUCGACUCGGGCCCUCGCUUCAGGUUCCCCCCACCACGUCAUCCCACCUCUCCAUGUCGCCGUCCGCCCAGACCAAGCACUUCACAGCAUCAGCCACAUCCGCCUCAUCAUCCUCAGCAGCAGUAUCAUCAGCCAACAGCUGCAUCACCACCUCACCACGAAUCGAGUCUUCGCACUUGACCUCGCCGCUCAACAGACUCCAGAACAUGCAGCCGUUUGACCUCCGGGAAUUCGGAGGCCUGGGCUUAGCAGGUUUUCCACACCUGGGGCCGCCGCCGCUGGACCAACUAAUCCAAGCUCGAAAAUCCUUGCGGCCGCAUAGCCCUCCCCACCACUCAACGGCCCAACUGAGGCCCCCAAUGCCAGUGGCGCCCAUUUCCACAACCGCUCUAGCCUUCGGUCAUCCUUUAGCCGUAGCCGGUUCCUCCGGGGCCCUGCCCCCGAACUUCCCCGUGAACUUCUCUCACCAUGGAAUCGGGAAGCUCAACUCCGGACUGACUUCUCCAGGAGACCUAUCCUUCAGCGGAGGAGAGAAGAGCAUCAGCGAAGUUGGCUCCGAGACGGAGGACGAUGACGAAAACUCCGGCAGCGCGCUCAAUUUAAGCCGCAAAGACUCCGCAAGGCAGGACAAAAGGGCCUCCAGAAACCCUUCUAUUGCCCUCCAUGCAACCUCUACGCUCUCCAGGCCCCACGGAGUCCCCGGAAGAAAGUCCCAAUCACCCGGAAAACGCAGCCAAUGGGGAACAACCUCCAACCUGCCUCCCAAUUUGGGAACGCCCUUCAUAAAUCCCGCUACAGGGAAGAAACGCGUCCAAUGCAACGUCUGCCUGAAGACUUUCUGCGACAAAGGAGCCCUGAAGAUCCACUUCAGCGCGGUCCAUCUUAGAGAGAUGCACCAGUGCACUGUAAAAGGCUGCAACACCAAAUUCAGCUCCAGAAGAUCCCGAAAUCGGCACAGCGCCAACCCGAACCCUAAACUCCACUCACCACAUCUGCGUCGGAAGAUUUCGCCGCACGACGGAAGAUCUUCAAUGGCCCACGCGUUGGUUCUGCCCCAGCAAAUUGGACUGCCUGUCCCUGCCAGUGGGCUGAACCAUCUGCCCUUUGGGUCUUUUCCGCUACUGACUCCGCCGCCAGAGCUCAGAUCUCCUGCUUCUCUUUGUGCUCUGGACUUCAAGCACUUGGAAUUAUCGUCGACGCAGAGCCAGGCUAUGUAUGAAGAUGCUAUGCAUCAGAGGAUGAUAACUACCACUGCAGCGACUACUAUUCCCUCCACUGGGCCUUUCUCCGCAUUUUCUAAUACUAUCACAACCAGCGCUCACAUGAGAGGUCCUCCUAGCACCGCAAGCACCACUGGUGGAGCUUCUCCGUCCUCUCAAACGCCCUCGAUUAUCCUUGAAGGGGAGGAAGAUGAAGAUGAUGAAGAAGGAAUUGUUAUUGUGGGAGAUGAAAUGGACUCUAUGGACGCUACCAUGGUCAGGAGCGAAGAUGACAGGGAAUCCCAGCCUUUCAAUUUGGCGAAGAGACCCAAGUUGUCUGUUGAAGGCGAGGAAGAUUUGGUCAGCAAUGCCGAUAGUGUUGAUGAUGCUGACUCCACAGGAGCUGCUGAUCAUUCAGUCUCCUUUAAUAAUAACAACAACACCAAUAAUAACAACAAUAGCAGUAGUAAUAAUAACAAUUACAAUAAUAACACCAGUAAUAACAAUAAUAACAACAACCACAACGCUCACUACCAGCCUAACACUCAACCAAACUCAAUCGCCUUCAACCGCGGCGUAAGAAAACGAAAGUCCCAACACCCGACUCGCUGCGCCAUGCCAACAGAGAUCCACUCGUCGUCGACAGACGGCGACUCUUCCAACGACGCCGUGUUCCAAGACCAGCCCGAGGACAUGUCGAUGUCCCGAUUGGAGGCCGAACAGCGAAAAGCUUCGCUCUCCCCCGCUGAAAACAACCUAAAAGCGGUCAAGCAGGAGAGAAUCGAGACUGAAGAAAACGAUGACGAGCCCAGAGACCUGAGCUCCCACGCCAGCAGCGUCAGGUCGCCCAAAAGGUCUCACUCUCCGGAGGAGCUGGCCGUCCAGGUGAAGAAGGAGCCAGAACGUGAUCCGGAGCCAGUGGAGCCAGCGGACCCAGAGGAGGAGGAGCUGGAGCGGGAAGAAGACUCCAAGGAGGAGCUGAAAAGAGAAGGUGAGCGUCCUGAAAUGAUCUCCCGAGCCCCGAGCUCGGUGGAGAGCUUUCCUCCCGCCACCGACGACCUCUCCCUCGACUCCUCGAAUGCAUUGCGUCAACUCGAGUCCUUGUCGCAGGGUCGCAUGAUGGGGCCGUACGGACCGGGGAGCAGAGAGCCCAGAGGAUCAACUUCGAGUCUGCCUGGCCGGAUCUCCACCAGCCCAGUCCGGCUCUCCAGCUCGAGUCCAACCCUCCAUCAGGACACCAGCAGCAACAUGGACAACUACUCUCGUGGCUCGCGCUCGUCCAGCGCCUCGCCCUCAACGGCGGCCACCGAUGCGGACAAUAGCCUCAUCACUUACGCCAGGUACGAGAAUGGCGGAUUUGUCAGCACUCAGGAGGUUCCGCUGGACAGAGACAACCCCCGGAGGUGCACCGCUUGUGGGAAGGUCUUCCAGAACCACUUCGGGGUCAAGACCCACUACCAGAACGUCCACCUCAAGCUGAUGCACCGGUGCAGCGUCGACGGCUGCAACGCCGCUUUUCCAUCCAAGCGCUCCAGGGACAGGCAUUCCGCGAAUCUGAACCUCCACAGGAAGCUCCUCUCCACCAGCUCCAGUCCGCCCAGCGCUUCCAGCCUCCCGCCGAGCUUGUCGCCCAGGAUGGACGCUGAGAUGAGUCCGCUUCUGCACAACGACUUCCUGGCCAGGCUCUACGCUGAUGGUCUCGGCUACGGGCUCCCUUCUGCAGUAGAUUUAGCCGCCAGGAUUCCGCCCCCGCAUCUCUUGAUGCCGCCCCACUUAAGUCCUUUUCCGGGGCUCUCUUCAUUUGCGAGCCACCUAGCGGGCCUCAAUGGACUCACUCAGCAGCACCUUUCACAGCUCAACCAGCUUUCAAGGCUCAAUGAAGAGCGCAGUUCUUCUAAGUCCCUGUCUUCGCCCGCGACUUCGCCCAUUGGCUCCCUUGAGGAAAGAUUGCCCAUGGAAGAGGUCAGGUGCACAAUUUCUGGCUGCGAUCGCAUUUUUGGCUCACGCACAGUUCGCGACGCUCACGCCAGGGACCCUCAAGCGCACAGGGAUCUCCCUGUUUUAUCGACCACCGGUAAUUCGUGA